AUGUAUCUCAUACAAGCAGAUCCAUUCUUUGAACUUGGCAAUUGUAGCAGACUGAGAUUGACAAUAUUAAGGGUGGGUUUACAAACUCUAUCAUGGGAUUCAUUGCGGUUUCGAAGCAGUUUUAGGAAACGAGCAUCAUAUGUAUCACCAGAAAUUUUAACAGAUAAACCAUAUUAG